ACGAAAGAGGUUCAACUAGUUUUUGGUGUCAGGCUUUCAUCUGUCAUCUUAGUGCAUCUCAGUGUGUGGCGAGCUUCCGUCGUGACCACACGUAUGUUAUUUUAGUGUUGUGUUGUGUUGUGCCAUUUGGAUUUAGUGAAUAGAAUGUUUUUAAAAUGGCGGGCGUUGGUCGUGCUGUGGCUGGCCGCCGCGCUAGCAGAGGACUCUCCACCCGGCCUGGUCUCCAAGGAUGAUGCACAGGAUCUGGUGGCGGAGGCGUCUCAACCUGGUCCCCAAGCGCAGAAGCGCGACUCCGUUCUCUCCAAUUCGUAUGGCGAACCCCUCCCCCCGGACGCUUACGGCCCCCCACGGGACAUUAUCAAUAGUGUUCCAGACUCAUCUCUACCCGCGCCCGUCUACGGAGUGCCUGAAACGCUAUUCAUAGACACACCGCCAGGCGCGUACGGCCCACCGUCCCCUGUGGUGUUCCCGAGUCAGAACUAUGAAGGCCCCCCUCCCCCACUCGGCAAACCCAAACCCAUCUAUGGCCCACCUAAAUUCCACCCACCAAAGAACUCAUACGGCCCUCCAAAACCUAUCUACGGACCACCCAAGAAGAUCUAUGGACCACCGAAGCAAGUUCUUCCAAAACCAAGCUACGGUGUCCCAUUCAAGCCACCCAAAUUGAGUCAUCCUAAACCUGUGUAUGGAGUUCCGAAACCUGUGUACGGCCCGCCUAAACCCAUUUACGGCCCGCCUAAAAUAAGCUACGGAGCACCACUAAACUUCCAGAAUAUACAAGUACCUGAUUUGCCUUCAAAUUUCGGGACAAUAGGCAUCGGCGCUAAUGUAGGAUCUACCUUCAGUACUGUUGAAACGUCAAUUGGCACAAACUUUGGUUCAAACUUGGAUUUCAAUUCAAACCUGCCGGCACCAAUCUAUGGCACACCAUUCCCAAACCUGCCAUCUAAUUUAAAACCAAAUUUCCCAAUUCCAACUGAUUCUUACGGACCACCUGGCUUACCUCUAGGUCCUAUUGGACCAAAUGAUCAAAUCGUUGUCCAAGAUUUCGGCAGCAUUGGACACUAUGGACCACCUCAGCCGGACCCCAACCCCAGACCACCUCACCCAGGCAUUCCAGCUCCACCAACACCUCCGCACGUUCUCUAUGAUGGCUGGAAACCUAUCCCUGGGGUGUCUAAACCCUUGGUGGAAAACGUGGAUAUUCACACCAUUCAUAACGUACAAGGACACAUAGAAAGUUUGGACCAGUAUGGACCACCACCGCCACCGCCUCCAAGCCCAGAACUACUUAACCUUGACGCUCAUUCUCUCCCCAACUUCAAUGAACAAUCGCAAUUCUCCGGAGCGCAAAUAUCCUCAGGCUACUCGACUGUACAUCAAGAUGCAUUAGCGAAUAUCGACUUAAACGCCAUCGUUGGCGGAGAUUCGAACCACAUCGAUCAAUCCAAGACAGUAUUCGAAGCGCAUUACACCGAAAACAGUAACCCGCAUGCCGAUUUAACAUUCAUACAAUCAUCCAUACAGAAUCAGAAACCAAUUAAUGCGUAUGGACCGCCUCCAGAACCUAUUAGUUUCCCAGUAUCAAUAAGACAACAAGGUGCCAAAGGUCUCCUUCCACCUUCUGGGGUAUACGGCACGCCUAGUAAUCAGUACGGACCACCACGUCCACUACCAGCCAAUCUACCAAUCCCAUACGGAUCUGUAUCAGGCGGUGGCCACUCAUUGCAUACCGUCAGCAACGGACCAAGGCAUCCAAUCAAAUUCCGUGAAUCCGUACCAGAAGGACUCAUCCAGCAGAUAGGACAGGUAUCUCAACAUAAAGACCACCACGGCAUUGAUCACGUGAAAACUGGCCCUGCAUACUUACCACCGCCGGUGCGAGAAGUGAAAGACAUAAACCAGCAGACGGGAAAUCACGGCGUUGGCAACCUAGCCCUAUCUAUUGAGCCGUCCAAUUUAUACAGCUUACCUCAUGCUGGGACUCCCAUAAACUUCCAACAGCAACAACCUAGCAACUUGUAUGGAUCACCAAUAGAUUCAUACGCAGCACCUCUCCUAACUGUCGCUGACCACACAGCCUCUGGAUCUAGCAAUAACGCUGUAACAGCUAGUCUCGAUGGAACGAUAUUAGCAAAUCUAAGCAACUUAGAAGCUGCAGCGAUCCUCAAACAUUGUCCGUACCAUGAAGCAAUUCUAAAAGCAGCGAGGUUAGGCGAGAAAAUACCAUCCGAAUUAGCAGCUAGCUACGUCGCUAGCUUGAGUUCUUUAGGCUCCGCUUUCCAAAAGAAUCAACAGACAUUAAUAUCUCCUCAGAAUAGUUUCAACACCCCCGUCCCUGGAAGUGAAUCGGUGUCAUACAACUCAAAAGACUUAUCGUCAGCUUCUCACACUUUAGUACAAACUAUCCUACCAAGCAAUCAGAUAGAAAGCGAGAAAACAGUAAGAUCCAGUGUCCAAAAAGGAAAAUCACUUAAAGACGGAUCCAAAAACGCAUACAAGCAGAACUCCCUACAGCUAGCUGAUCAGAUUUACCAAACAUCUGAACAAAUAAGAAAUUUGAGUGAAGAGACGAAAUUGUUGCAGCAAAAAAUUGUUUCCACGAGCCAGAAUAUAAACCAAGGGAACCAGAUCGUGGAAUCGAAUGCGCCAAAUAAUCUCGCCACUUAUUCAGUACAGAUCCAAUCCUCAGCUGAUGGAAAGGGGAAAUCGAAUUCCCCAACGAUUCCACACGAACAACUGCUCUCCGAAGGUCUUCUACAGAGCAUUCUACAAGCCAUCGAACAACCGCACCCUGGCCAAAAACAAAACACGCAGACCCAGCACUACCAAAUUAUAAAUCAAAACACGAAUUACCAACCUAGCUUUUCAAGUCUAGAGGGCCUAGACCUCCCAGCUGGCUACGAGCCAAUUGAUAGGACGAAAAGCAAAGACCUAGAAGUGCAAAGCUCGAAUAAGGACGUUCAAGUUUCCAGUGAUAAGCACAAACAUACGAAAGAAUGUGAUUUACGAACUGACAACUCCAUCCGACACGAAAUUAUUGUCCCACCUCCGGGCGUUGAAAAUGUACAAAAAUUGGAUGACGUUGAUAACGACGUAGCUAUAUAUUUCGGCGAGGAAAAAUCGCAAGAGACAGUCACAGAAAUAUCUGUAGCGACUAGUAUAAGUGAGGAAUCAGAUAAGUACGAAAAUAAAGAAUUUGGUGACAAAAUCAAGUCAUGAGAAUGGGAUAUCGCGUAGUUUCUAGUCUUAUAAUAACCAGUGAGCUUUGGGUCCAAGAAACGUAAAUUUUCUUUUAAGAAAUUGCUGGAUAUCUACCCAAAGACAAAAUUCACGCUUUCAUCUACCUCUAUCCGUCAAGUUUUAUUAUAAACAUGAUAUUUUUAAAAACAGCUCACUGGUGCCAUCUGUAUCACUGUUAAUAUCUUCACAACUUAUUUAAAUUUAGAAUAAGACCUUAUUUAAUUUUGUAAUCAGCGCCAUCUAUCAUCGAUUUUAAACGAUUUCAAGGUGAGAUCUUUAACAAGAUUUCAUUAUUGCAAGCGUUUAUGAAUCAUUAGCAUUAAUAAACCAUUAUUUAUUAUUUAAUCGUAUUUUUAAGUAGCUACAGUAUUUUUUGGGCGAAUUAAUCUAAAUUGAACGAAGUGUUGCUGUCUUGAACGAAGUGUUGCUGUCUAUUUGACAUAACGCGCCAAAAUUAUUAUAAUAAUAAUAUAUAGUACUGCAGACAAUAUAAUACUAUAUUAGAUAGUACAAAAAUAUCUCACAGAUAACAUAUUUUUUAUAAAUGACAGCGUUUCAAAUAGACAGCUUUACAGACAUGUAAUACAGUUAGUAAUCUCUAUUUUAUAUAAGUAAUUUAAUAAAAAAAUAUGAUACA